AUGGAUCCCGCUCAGUCAACCGAGCCUAGCAAGCUGCUCGAGCCACGCUACAUCAACUUCCCCAGUCUGCCCACCGACGCCAAACAUCCAGACGGCACCCCCGCACUCAACCGGCACUCGUCGACGAUCACCCGCGGUCAUGAAUUCCCAGGCGCACGAGCAAUGCUCUUCGCCGCUGGCGUCCCGGACAAGGAAGCAAUGGCUAAGAGCCCACACGUGGGUAUUGCCUCUGUCUGGUGGGAGGGCAACCCUUGCAAUAUGCACUUGAUGGACUUGGGCAAGACGGCAAAGAAGGCUGUCGUCGAGAAGGGAAUGAUUGGCUGGCAGUAUAAUACAAUUGGUGUUUCGGAUGCUAUCACGAUGGGUAGUGACGGCAUGCGAUUCUCUCUGCAGACCCGUGAAAUUAUUGCCGACAGUGUCGAGACUGUCACCUGUGCUCAAUACCACGAUGCCUGUAUUGCCAUCCCCGGCUGUGACAAGAACAUGCCCGGUGUGGUGAUGGGUAUGGCCCGGCACAACCGCCCGUCGAUCAUGAUCUACGGCGGUACAAUCAAUAUCGGUUACUCAGAGCAUCUGCGGAAGCCUAUUAACAUCUCGACAUGUUUCGAGGCGGCGGGUGCUUACGCAUACGACACCCUCCGCCAGCCCGACGAUGGCGGUGAAACUAGCAAGACAAAGGAUGAGAUUAUGGAUGAUCUCGAGCAGCAUGCCUGCCCCAGCGCCGGUGCUUGCGGUGGCAUGUUUACUGCCAACACGAUGGCUACUGCGAUCGAGUCUAUGGGUCUGUCCUUGCCUGGUUCCUCGUCUACUCCUGCCUCGUCGCCUUCGAAGAUGCGCGAGUGUGUGCGCGUGGCGGAUGCGAUUAAGAUCUGUUUGGAAAAGAAUAUCCGCCCCCGCGAUCUGUUAACCAAGCGAUCAUUUGAGAAUGCGCUGGUGAUGACGAUGGCACUGGGUGGUUCCACUAACGGUGUUUUGCAUUUCCUCGCUAUGGCACGCACUGCUGGCGUGGACCUGACAUUGAAUGAUUUCCAGCGGGUCAGCAAUAAAAUCCCCUUUAUUGCCAAUCUGUCGCCUAGUGGCAAAUAUUACAUGGCUGAUCUCUACGAGAUUGGCGGUAUCCCAUCAGUCCAGAAGCUACUGAUUGCCGGAGGUCUCCUGGACGGUGACAUCCCCACCGUUACUGGCAAGACCCUGGCCGAGAACGUGGAAUCCUUCCCCUCGCUGCCACAGGACCAAACCCUGAUUCGUCCAUUGAACAACCCUAUCAAGGCUACAGGUCACAUCCAGAUUCUGCGCGGUAACCUCGCCCCUGGCGGCGCCGUAGCCAAGAUUACCGGCAAGGAGGGACUCCGGUUCACGGGCAAAGCCCGAGUCUUCGACAAAGAAAAACAACUCAACGACGCCUUGGACGAAGGCCGUAUCCCACGUGGGGAGAAUUUGGUCCUGAUCGUCCGCUACGAGGGCCCUAAGGGUGGGCCCGGCAUGCCGGAACAGCUCAAGGCCAGUGCCGCGCUCAUGGGUGCAGGGUUGAACAACGUUGCCCUCAUCACGGAUGGCCGGUACUCUGGCGCCAGCCACGGUUUCAUUGUCGGCCAUAUUACCCCCGAGGCGGCUGUGGGAGGACCGAUUGGUCUGGUUCGCGAUGGGGACGUCAUCACUAUCAAUGCCGAAACUAACGAGUUGAACAUGGACGUAUCGGAUGAGGAACUUCAGGAGCGUCGCCGCCAAUGGACGCCACCUGAACCGCAAAUCACUCGCGGUGUGUUGGCAAAGUAUGCACGCCUAGUGGGUGAUGCGUCGCACGGAGCCAUGACAGAUCUCUUCUAG